UAAAACAAACACGACGAGAGAGAGAGAGAGAGGCAUCGGCGUCUUUGUAAUUGUUGAUAUUGAUAUUUGAUUGAUGCGCAUGCGGUGGUUCCUCCGAAGCCCAAUCAUCAAAACCUCGCACUUGAAUCUGAGCCCUUCAAUCUCAUUAAGACCUCACUGGGCGAGGAGAACCUUCACUUCUUCUUCGAGAUCGUCAAUGGCGGCCAUCCACAACCACAGCAAUAGCAACAGCAACAGCGAAACCGGACUGGCGAGACGCUUUUGGAUCAAGUUCACGCGCGAAUCCAUCUUCGCCAUGUACACUCCCUUCGUCAUCGCCUUGGCCUCCGGUAACUUGCACAUUGAUUCCUUCCACCGUUACAUCGCCCAAGACGUUCAUUUCCUACGUGCCUUUGCUCAAGCUUUUCUCAGCAACCAAAACUGGAAGGUUAGAUUAUUUGGUGAAUUUGUAUAUGCAUUCAUUGAGGUAUGAGUUGGCUGAAGAGUGUGCUGAUGACGACGAUGCGAAACUUGGAAUCUGUGAGUUGAGGAAGGCAGUUCUAGAGGAGCUGAAGAUGCACAACUCGCUGGUACAGGAAUGGGGGUUGGACCUUGCCAAAGAGCACGGUAUUAAUUCUGCAACUGUUAAGUACACAGAGUUUCUACUGGCUACAGCCUCUGGGAAGAUUGAAGGACUAAAAGGUCCUGGUAAACUUGCUACACCAUUUGAGAAAACAAAAAUUGCUGCUUAUACUUUAGGUGCCAUGACUCCUUGCAUGAGGCUUUAUGCUGUUUUGGGAAAGAAGUUCCAGGAACUUUUGGAUUCCAAUGAAAGUACUCACCCAUAUAACAAGUGGAUCGACAAUUAUUCCUCUGAUGGUUUCCAGGCUACUACUCUGCAAACUGAAGAUUUGCUCGACAAACUAAGUGUUUCUUUGACUGGUGAAGAACUUGAUGUCAUUGAAAAGCUUUAUUACCAAGCAAUGAAGCUUGAAAUAGAUUUCUUCUCUGCUCAGCCACUCUUUCAGCCAACUAUAGUACCCUUGACUAAAGGACAUAAGCCUGCGGAAGAUCAUCUCAUAGUUUUUUCUGAUUUUGAUUUAACAUGCACUGUAGUUGAUUCGUCCGCCAUCUUGGCUGAAAUUGCUAUAGUGACGGCACCAAAAUCUGAUCAGAAUCAGCCUGAAGAUCAAAUUGUUCGGAUGUUAUCUUCUGACCUCAGGAAUACAUGGGGUUUUCUAUCUAAACAGUAUACGGAGGAGUAUGAGCAAUGUAUAGAAAGCAUUAUGCCUUCCGAUAGAUUGAACAAUUUUGAUUAUAAAGAAUUGUCUAUGGCUCUUGAGCAACUUUCAAAAUUUGAGAACACUGCAAAUAAUAGGGUUAUCGAGUCAGGGGUACUCAAGGGUAUAAGUCUUGAAGAUAUAAAGCGUGCUGGGGAGCGUCUGAUCCUACAAGAUGGUUGCACUAACUUCUUUCGGAGCAUUGUUAAGAAUGAAAAUUUGAAUUCCAAUGUGCAUGUUCUUUCAUACUGCUGGUGUGGUGACCUCAUUAGAUCUGCUUUCUCUUCAGCUGAUUUGAAUGAGUUGAAUGUCCAUGCUAAUGAGUUCACUUAUGAGGGAUCUGUUUCCACGGGUGAAAUUGUUAAGAAGGUGGAGUCUCCCAUUGACAAGGUUGAAGCUUUUCGUAACAUAUUGAAAAAUUGCAAUGAUGACAAGAAGAAAUUAACUGUUUACAUUGGGGAUUCGGUGGGUGAUUUACUUUGCCUACUUGAAGCAGAUGUUGGAAUUGUGAUCGGUUCAAGUUCAAGUCUUAGAAGUGUAGGGACGCAAUUUGGUAUUUCAUUUGUCCCAUUGUAUUCUGGCUUGGUUAAGAAACAGAAAGAAUACGUUGAAGGAAGCACUUCUAAUUGGAAGGGUUUAUCUGGCAUUCUUUACACAGUCUCUAGUUGGGCUGAAGUGCAUGCUUUUAUUUUGGGUUGCUAGUCUUAUUUUGUGUCUCUCGCACCCAAAUUCAUGCUAGGCUAAAAGAAAGAAACAUAUAUAUAGUGAAAUACAAAUACACAAGCAGGUGGCUAAUUUUAUAAGCGGCCACAGAUUUUCUGCUGUCUCAUAUUUCUCUUACAGGAUGUUGCAAUUCAGAGAUUUGGUGUCAUUCUGAUUAGUGGAUAUGCUGUAAUCAGGGUAUCUGCAAUUUCCUGGAAUUUUCUCAAGUGUUUCUUUGACAUUUGUGUUUGCUCAUUGUUGUUGAUAACUUUUUUCCCCCUGAAAUCUUGUCAGGUAUGAGAAAUUUCAGACAGCAAUAAUACAAAUGCUUGUUAGAUCAGGACAUCAAUUCAGGCUUUGAAGUGUUGUACGGGUAUUUAGUAGGCUAUUGCUGUUCCAUAAUUUUAAGAAUUCGGCAGAGAUCCUGUGUAUUUUCAGUUGACUCCUUGAUCAUUUAUGAAUGCAGAUGCAGAAGUGAUGUUCAUGUUUAUAUUGGGACACUUAUUUUA